AUGAGCAGCCAAAGCCUGAAAGAGAUGUCUGAUGCUCACACUCACAGCAGCCCUCUCCUGGCAGAGCCUCUUUCCAGCAGAUACAAACUCUAUGAGUUGGAGUUUCCCAGCCCAAGCUGUCCCCCCAACUCCCAGGAUGCACACCCAGCCCUGCCUCUUCUAGAAAUGCCUGAAGAAAAGGGUCUCCGGUCAUCCAACGAAGAAAGCCACAUUGUGAAGAUUGAAAAACCCAAUGAAAAGGAUACACGAAGAGAAAGUGGGGCAGCCCCCCAGGGCCCUGCAGGCCAAGGGGGCAUCGGUCUCUUCCAGGCAGUGGGCUACCUCACAGGCGAGAUGAAAGAGUACAGGAGCUGGCUGAAAGAUAAACCCCUGGCCUUCCAGUUCACAGACUGGGUUCUGAGGGGGGCCGCUCAGGUGAUGUUUGCCAACAACCCUCUCAGCGGGUUCAUCAUCUUCAUAGGGCUCCUGAUCCAGAACCCCUGGUGGAUGAUUACGGGAGGUCUGGGGACCGUGGUGUCAACUUUAACUGCCCUCAUCUUGAGCCAGGACAGGGCCGCCAUUGCCUCGGGUCUGCAUGGGUACAACGGGAUGCUGGUGGGAAUGCUGAUAGCAGUGUUCUCUGAGAAGUUAGACUAUUACUGGUGGCUUCUGCUUCCUGUGACCCUCACAGCUAUGUCCUGCCCCAUCUUUACCAGUGCCUUGAGUUCCAUCUUCAGCAAGUGGGACCUCCCUGUCUUCACCCUGCCCUUCAACUUCGCCUUGACCCUGUACUUGGCAGCCACCGGCCACUACAACCUCUUCUUCCCCACGACGCUGGUGGAGCCUAUGUCUUCAGUGCCCAACAUCACCUGGUCGGAGAUUGAGAUGCCCCUGCUGCUACAAGCCAUCCCUGUCGGGGUCGGGCAGGUGUACGGCUGCGACAACCCCUGGACAGGUGGUGUGUUCCUGGUGGCCCUGUUCAUCUGCUCGCCACUUAUUUGCUUGCAUGCAGCCAUUGGAUCAAUUGUGGGGCUGCUUGCAGCCCUGACGGUGGCCACGCCCUUCGAGACCAUCUACCUGGGCCUCUGGAGUUACAACUGUGUCCUCUCCUGCAUCGCCAUUGGGGGCGUGUUCUACGCCCUCACCUGGCAAACCCACCUGCUGGCCCUCGUCUGUGCCCUGUUCUGUGCAUACAUGGGAGCAGCCCUCACCAACAUAAUGUCAGUGGUUGGUGUGCCACCAGGCACCUGGCCCUUCUGCCUCUCCACACUCACCUUUCUGCUCCUGAUGACCAACAGCCCCACCAUCUACAAGCUCCCACUCAGCAAAGUCACCUACCCAGAGGCCAACCGCAUCUACUACCUGACAGUGAAAAGCCAAGAAGAAGAGAAGUCCUCCAGUGGCAACACUGAGGCAGAGCCACCCUCAACGAGCCCCAAGGCAGAUGAGGGCUUGGAGGCCGUGCUUCCCAAGCCCAGGAACGUGUUCCAUAUCGAGGGAUCAUCCAUCCACAGGAAGAGCAAAGAGGUCCUAACUGAUGGUGCUCUCUUCUUCCGACUCGUGUUUGGUAAAGGUGAGCAGCAGGAGAGACACCCCAAAGACCCUUCUCCCCACCUAUUCCGGAAGCCCACGGUCGAGUUGCUGGAUCUGGACACCAUGGAGGACAGCUCCGAGAUAAAGGUAGAAACAGGCAUCUCCAAGACUUCCUGGACUCGGAGUUCCCUGGCUGCCAUCGGGAAGAGGGUCCGCAAAACCCUGGGGUACAUCACCGGAGAGAUGAAGGAGUGUGGGGAGGGUCUUAAAGACAAAUCCCCGGUGUUCCAGUUCCUCGACUGGGUGCUCCGGGGCAUGUCCCAGGUGAUGUUUGUGAACAACCCCCUCAGCGGCAUCCUCAUCGUCCUCGGCCUCUUCAUCCAGAACCCCUGGUGGGCCAUCUCGGGCUGCCUGGGCACUGUGGUGUCCACCCUGACAGCCCUCAUCCUGAGUCAGGACAAGUCCGCCAUCGCAGCUGGACUUCACGGCUAUAACGGGGUGCUGGUGGGGCUACUGAUGGCCGUGUUCUCAGACAAAGGCGACUAUUUCUGGUGGCUGCUACUCCCGGUCAUCGUGAUGUCCAUGUCUUGCCCCAUCCUCUCCAGUGCCCUGGGCACCAUCUUCAGCAAGUGGGACCUCCCGGUCUUCACGCUGCCCUUCAACAUCGCCGUGACCCUGUACCUGGCGGCCACAGGCCACUACAACCUCUUCUUCCCCACGACGCUGCUGCAGCCGGUCUCCUCCGUGCCCAACAUCACCUGGUCAGAGAUCCAAGUGCCCUUGCUUUUGAGAGCCAUCCCUGUUGGAAUCGGCCAAGUGUACGGCUGUGAUAACCCCUGGACUGGAGGCAUUUUCCUCAUAGCUUUGUUCAUAUCAUCGCCUCUAAUUUGCUUGCACGCUGCGAUCGGAUCUGCCAUUGGGAUGUUAGCAGCUCUCACUCUUGCGACGCCCUUUGACUCCAUCUACUUCGGACUGUGUGGCUUCAACAGCUCGCUGGCCUGCAUCGCCAUAGGAGGCAUGUUCUAUGUCAUCACCUGGCAGACGCACCUCCUUGCCAUCGCCUGUGCACUAUUUGCAGCCUACCUCGGUACCGCCCUGGCUAACAUGUUGUCUGUGUUUGGAUUACCGCCCUGUACCUGGCCCUUCUGCUUCUCCGCACUCACCUUCCUGCUCCUGACGACCAACAACCCCGCCAUCUACAAGCUCCCACUCAGCAGAGUCACCUACCCAGAGGCCAACCGCAUCUACUACCUAUCCCAGGAGAAAAACAGAAGAGCAUCGACCAUCACAAAGUACCAGGCUUACGAUGUCUCCUAA